GGAAGAAUGGCACAGAAGGAGCAGUAUGGAAACUGGUUGCCCAUUCCUCAGCUGCCAAGAACUAGGACAGAAUUACAACAGAAUGGCUGAGGGACCGUGAACUGGUCCUUUGCUUAGGCAACUGGUUGGCCUUGUGAAGAUGGGACUUUGGAAGCAACCAGCAUCCUUUUUCUUCUAUUUUGUUUACAGACAUGAAACCUAUGUGCUUGCUGGGCCAUCGAUACCUCCACUUCCUCUCAAAACAAAUCUACCCAUCUCACUCCAUGCGGAUGACGAUUAUGAUGAUGGGGGAUUUGUAACUCCAAAGGUUCCUGAAAGUAAGGCAAUGCUGUCAGCUGUGGAAAAAAGAGAAGACAUGGAAAAUAAAAAUGCUGAGUCUACACACCAAAGAAGAGUUCAUAUUUUGAUACUUUAUGUCAUGGUGGCUGUAUGCUUUGCCAUGUAUGCAGGUCUCUUAUCUCUGGUCCUGAUCAAGCACUCAGCAGUGUCGGAGGAGCUACAGGCCCUAAACUUGAACUACUCAGAGAUGCUUGUGGGAGUGUGGAAGAGCUUGGAUUACAUUCGAAAGAUUAUGGGAAAGAACAUAAGGAUCAGUGAAUUUCAGAACAUCACAGCAUCCAUCUGUGGCUGGGGAAGGUCCCUGGUUCCCAACUCAUGCCCCAAAAAGUGGGCAAUGAAAGAGAAAAAUUGCUAUUACUUUUCAACUGAGAAGAAAAACUGGACUGGUGCCCUGUUGCACUGCAUUAAUCAAGAGUCUGAUUUGGUCAGUAUCUGGUCUGAUGAGGAACAGAGUUUUCUAAAGGAUAAUCUCAAUGCUUCGACACACUGGUUGGGUAUGACUGACAUAGAAACAGAGGGAAAGUGGAGAUGGAAAGAAGGCAAUUUGCAUGUAUCAAUAGCGUUUUGGGAUAUAGGAGAGCCAGAGAGGAGUCAAGAGAAGAAUUGUGGUAUCAUACAAUCCAAUGGGACAUGGUCUUCUGCUGUGUGUUCCCUUUACCAUCACUGGAUUUGUAAAAAGAAACUAAUCUGCUGAAAUGUAUCUCUUGGAUCUCUUCCUGAGAAAAGGAUAUUAUGAAAAUAUGUUUGUUCCCUCCUUCUCUCAUCAAAGUCUUGCAAUGCUUUGCUGCUGGCAAGUAGCUGAAUUUAAGAUAUUAUAGAUUUUGCCAUUCUCCUGAAAUAUUUUCACAUGUGAGUCUCACCUCAGCCCAUAACCAAUUCACAGGCUGACUGUGUGGCAGGUGAAAUAAUUGUUCCUUAAAUGCAAGUCCAGUAAACAUGUUCCUAUUAACCAUAUGGAUGGUGGAGAGCACACUCCGGUGAGAAAAAGGAACUGGAUACAAUGUUUAAGCAUAACUAGUCUUCCAAUACAUUAAAGUCAGUGUGGUGUGAUGGUUUGAGCCCUGAACGAUGAUUCUGGAGACCAGGGUUCAAAUCCCUGCUCAGCCAUGAAAAUCCACUGAGUGAUUUUGGGCAAGUUACACUCUCUUGUUGUUUAUUCAUUCAGUCUCUUCCAACUCAUCGUGACCUCAUUGACCAGCCCACAUCAGACCUCCCUGUCAGCCGUGGCCACACCAAGCUCCUUCAAAGUCAAGCCAGUCACUUCAAGGAUAACAUCCAUCCAUCUUGCCCUUGGUCGGCCCCUCUUCCUUUUUCCUUCCAUUUUCCCCAGCAUCAUUGUCUUCUCCAAGCUUUCCUGUUUUCUCAUUGUGUGGCCAAAGUACUUCAUCUUUGCCUCUAAUAUCCUUCCCUCCAGUGAACAGUUGGGCUUUAUUUCCUGGAGUAUGGACUGGUUGGAUCUUCUUGUGGUCCAAGGCACUCUCAGAAUUUUCCUCCAACACCACAGUUCAAAAGUAUCUAUUUUCCUUCAUUCAGCCUUCCUUAUGGUCCAGCUUUCACAUCCAUAGUUUACUACGAGAAAUGCAAUUGCUUUAACUCUGUGGAUGUUUGUUGCCAGUGUGAUGUCUCUACUCUUCACUAGUUUAUAGAGAUUGAUCAUUGCUUUCCUUUGCUGGAGGACACACUCUCAAAGGAAAGCAAAAGCAAGUCUCAUCUCAACAAAUCUUGCCAAGAAAAAAACUGUGAUAGGGUUGUCUUAAGGUUGCCAUAACUCAUAAACAUGAAGGCAUGCAACAACAAUAACACUGAGCUAAUGCAAGUCUUUCCUGCCACAGGAAAUAGCAGCAUUGGUGGCCAUUUUUAAAAAAUAAGGGUUUUUUAAAAAAAUGGGAUUGGGAGUUUAAAAUAAGCCUACCUGCAUAAAAAUGGUCCCACGGUUGCUCCAUUCCUAUCAUUAUUAUGCCAUGAAUACUUUUUGAACCUUAAAAAAUAUUCUUUAAUCCAUUUUCAGUGCAACAGAGUAUAUCUGGCACUUUCAGAGAAAGAAGUAGACACAGAGACCCCAGCACUGGUUUUGUAAUAUCUAUAUUGGUUACACAGACAAAGGGGAAGCAUCAUAUUUACUCCAACAUUCACUCAUUCGCACUCACCAACCUCCUCCAUUCAGACCUGUUGCUGGAGAAGACAGGCAGGCAGAGAGAUGCUGCAUUCCUCACAGAUCUGCCACACAGUCAAAAAAAGGCCUCCUUAUGUAGCGCUGUUUGGUUAUCCAUUACUUGAUUGUUUAGAUAAUCUCUGUCAUUCAGCUCAGACCUGCUGGAGCCUUGUCAACUCUGGAACAGAUAGGUUGUUUAACCUCUUUAACUUAGAGUUAUUGUCUUUAACUAUUUAAAUAUGUGUUGCUUGUAACCAGAGUUCUCGGGUGAGUUCUCAUCAGCACCUUUCUUGCUACAGUUAAUGAAUUCUUCACCUCCUUUGUUCUCCAUAAUGCAGUUUUCCAGGUUCCAUUUUUAGAAUGGUGUCUUCAGCCUUGCCAGUCCCCAUCCAGACCACAAACAUGCAAUUCAUUUAAUUCACUCAUCACAUCUUCACUACAGUUGUUCUACAGAGCACAAAAAUCAGAUACAUUAAAUGCAUGCAUGUAUUUAGCAUGUUCUACUUUGGUUCUUCACUUGGGAAGGAGUAUGUCAGAAAGCCAAUACAUGUUGUUGGGCUUUUCCCCUUACAAUUUAUGAAAAAGUUCCUUUAUAAUACAAAUGUAUUUCACUUUUGUAAACACAUAGAUACAGUCGGUGGUGGAGGAAUGCUUAAUUAAUCAAAAAAGUUUCAGACAACCCACUCGAUGCUUCUAAUGUUUAAAAAAUUAUGCAACUAGGCAUUAGCGUUGAAGGAAUGUAUGCAAUUGUGCAACUUAUGCAAACAUUUGUUCUUCCAAAUGCGAAAAGUCUUUCGAUCACCCCAAAUACCUUGGCGGUUCUGUCUCACAGAUUAGGGGGGGGGGGGGAACUGUAGAGAAUUAGAUAAAGAAGGAUUUACACUCUGUUUCAAACUGCAUUUGCUAGACAAAGUAAGCAUAUAUGAAUGUAUUUGAAUCAGUGUGGGAUAGGGCUUUGAUUAUUGGGCUGGGAUUAUGGGAAAUUAGAGUUUUGAAUCUCUGCCCAGCCACAGAAACCCACUGGAUGACCUUAGACAAAUUAAAUUUCUGUGCCAUAGGGAAGCAAUGAUGUUGACUUUUUCAUUAACAGGAAUACAUAACAUUUCUAUGUUAUGUAUUCCUGUUAGUAUAAAAAAGUCAACAUCAUAGGAAAAGGCAGAAGGGAUAAGGAGGCUUGCUGUACCUGGUGCCCUAUGUUCACAGCCAUUUCAACUCCCAGUACACAAUCAGUAGAUGUUCUUUUAUAAGGUGAUGCAAAGAGAACCAGUAAUUAAGUUUGAGAAAGAGAAAAUGUAAGUACCUAGGUUGGGUUAAGCAUGCACCUCAAUUUUGCUUAUGCACAGGUAGCAGUAUAAUCUUAUAGUAUCAGCAGCUUAUGUUAUUUUUAGGGAGAGAAAAAAAGCAUUUUUUUUUACUUUUGAAAACGGCAUUGUUACUUUGAAAUCUGAAAAUCACUUUUACCUUCUUAUAAUCAAGCUUUGCUUAGUUUUAUUUUGUUUAUGGGUGCUCGUGUGUGUUUCUGGAGCAAUUUAAUUCUUAAUCAAAAUCAUGAUUUAUAGUUUCUAAAUGGAUCUUUUUUUUAGUUCUGAUCAGUUACCUUUGAUUUUAUACUCAUUAAAAGAUUGAAUAUGAAAACCUACAG